CCUUUCAUCAUGAGUGGAUGUCGCGUUUUCAUCGGCCGUUUGAGCCCCCAUGCCCGUGAAAGAGACGUGGAGAAGUUCUUCAAGGGCUAUGGACGCAUCCGGGAGAUUAACCUGAAGAACGGCUUCGGCUUUGUGGAGUUUGAUGACCACAGAGAUGCAGAUGAUGCAGUUUAUGAGCUAAAUGGAAAAGAACUGUGCAGUGAGAGGGUGACCAUUGAGCACGCCCGCUCUCGCCGUGGAAGAGGUGGUGGCCCAGGAAUGGGAGGAGGACGCUUCUCUCCACGUUUCGGAGGCUAUCGUCAGUCUCGCAGUGGGGGUUCCAGGUAUGGCCCACCAGUGCGCACUGAACACAGAAUCAUUGUGGAGAAUCUGUCGUCGCGAAUCAGUUGGCAGGAUCUGAAGGACUUGAUGAGGAAAGUCGGAGAAGUGACCUUUGUGGAUGCACACAGGAGCAAAAAGAAUGAGGGGGUGGUCGAGUUUGCUUCUCACAGUGACAUGAAGAGCGCCAUUGAAAAGCUGGACGGGACAGAACUUAACGGACGCAAGAUCAAGCUGUUCGAGGAUCGCAAGAGAGGAGGCAGUCGGAGCAGAAGUCGUUCUCGCAGCAGGAGCAGCUCACGCUCCCGUUCUCGCAGUCGGAGUCGCAGCGCAGAGCGUGGAAGCAAACGCUCCCACAGCCGCUCGCCCAGUCGCACUCCAGAAAAGAAGUCCAACAACCGCUCACCCUCCCGCUCACGUUCACCCUCUCCCGCUCCAAGAAAUCAGAGCAGGAGCAGAUCCCGGUCUGCCUCUGCAGAGAGUCAGCACUGAAGUUUGUUUGUUUGUAUGUGUGUGAGUGAAACAUUGAAUGGACUCCCUGCCACCCCUUCCCUACCUUGUGGCAUAUGUUAAAUUGUGCUACUUUAGUGUAAAUUACUGUGCUACUUUAGUGUAAAUUGUCGACUGAAUGACUGUAUGAUAUUUUUGUUUUUUCUUAAUGCUAAAGAGAUAUGUGGGUUUAGUUAACUAAAUGGGCUAAGCUUAUUGAUACAAUUUUCACAUGGUCAUGUUUAAUUUUGUUUUUUAUAAUCCAGGAGGAAUUCUGUAGAGAUCUGUAUGUCUUGUUUUUUCAGCUAGUUUGUUUAGAAGGUCAUACCUGUAUAUACACUCGAAAAUAAAGUAUAUUGGUAUUUGGAAAAA